CAGUGCUGUUGCAAAGCUACAAUUCCCAUCAUGCCCGGACAGCCGUAGGCUGUCGGGCAUGAUGGGAGUUGUAGUUUUGCAAUAGCUGGUACUGCGGCACUAUUCCUAUUUGGAACAGGACCGAGUUUAUAGAAAACGGAUGCAACGAAGCCGAACAGACAUCAUUUUGGACAUACUAGCAAAGUACAAAGAGCGAGGGACUGUCUUGGCUGAGGACCAACUUGUACAGAUGUCCAAGCAGCUAGAAAUGUUCAAAACAAAUCUCGAAGAAUUUGCCAGUAAACACAAGCAGGAAAUUCGCAAGAACCCUCAAUUUCGCGUCCAGUUUCAAGAUAUGUGCGCAACGAUUGGUGUGGAUCCUCUGGCUUCUGGUAAAGGCUUUUGGUCAGAAAUGCUGGGUGUCGGAGAUUUCUACUACGAGCUUGGUGUACAGAUAGUAGAAGUGUGUUUGGCUCUUAAGCACCAAAAUGGAGGUCUGAUAACCCUGGUUGAGCUCUACCAGCAAGUUUUAAAGGGAAGAGGGAAGCUGGCUCAGGACGUCAGUCAGGAUGAUAUCAUCAGAGCCAUUAAAAAGUUGAAAGUCCUCGGCAGUGGUUUCGGGAUCCUCCCGGUGGGCGGAACGUACCUGGUGCAGUCGGUUCCUGCUGAACUGAACAUGGAUCAUACGGUGGUCUUACAGCUGGUGGAGAAGAAGGGCUACGUGACAGUCAGUGAAAUUAAAUCAAGUCUAAACUGGGAGAAGGAGAGAGCAAAACAUGUGUUGGAACAUUUACUAAAGGAAGGUUUGGCGUGGAUUGACUCACAAGCAGCGGGGGAGCCCCAAUACUGGCUGCCAGCUCUUUUUUCCGAACUGUAUUGUCAACAGAUUACCCCAGAGGAGAGCGGGAUGGGGGCUCCCUGACAUCAGUCACCGACUACAGUUCUCCACUACCUCAGACUCGCCUGUCUACAGAGAGAGAAGCCUCUGAGGGAAAGUCAUUUUCUGCUGGGGUGUAGCUGACAUGGGCGGCAGAAGAGAUAUAUAUAGUGAGAGAUUUAGAGAGAGUGGAGAGAGUGAGAUUUAAAGAGAGAUUGAGUGAGAGAGAGGGGAGAGAUUUAGAGAGAGAGAUUUAAAGUGAGAGUGAGUGGAGAGAUUGAGAUUUAGAGAGAGUGAGUGAUAUACGG